AUGCAUUUCUCUACGGCUGUUAUUGCCUCCGUGGCCGCCUUGGCUCCUCUCGCCAGCGCCGUUGGCAACGCUAUUGUAACCAACAAUUGCGACUUCCCCGUCUAUGUUUGGUCUGUCGGGGGCAGUGUUGGACCAAAGCAGACUCUUCAGCAGGGCGAGAAGUACACCGAGGCUUUGCACCAUGACGCUGCCUCUGGAGGUGUCUCGUUGAAGAUCACCACCGUCGACGAUGGUUUGUACAACGGAAGCCCUCAAACCAACUUCGCCUAUACCUUGGAUCCCGGCACUGUCUGGUAUGAUCUGUCAGAUGUUUUUGGUGACCCAUUCUCUGGCAAGCCGAUCGUUGUCCGCCCCACCGACUCUUCCUGCCCGAACCUCUGCUGGGCGCAAGGCGUCAACCCAGGUGGCAGCCAAACCAAGAAUUGCAACUCGGAUGCCAGUGUCAAUUUGAAUCUCUGCGCCGCACAAUGCUAA